UGAGUCUGCGGGGCUUGUGCGCUGUCUGGCCGGGACGAGGAGGAGGGCUUCCACGCGAAGAGCAGGCGACCGUCCACACUGAACCCUGGCAGAAGCAGCAGCAGCAGCUCUGUGCUCCGUCUAACCGGGAUUUCAAUCAUUAUUUUGUACUAAGGCAUAAGGUUGGAGCGCGGUGGACUGUAUUCUCGGUGCGGUUCACGUUCGCUUCGCUGAGCCACUGCAGCAGCAACAGACUGAACACGCCGCCGCUGUGAGGGGAGAAUACAAGCUCUGUCCGCUGAAGCUGUGUGAUCAUUGACAGAGUUCAAUACACACGGGCUUUGCGUGAUAACAGCUAGGAGCUUUGUGCCGCGGACUUCUGAGCCUCUUCCUCCGGGGACAGAUCGACUGCGUGGUUUGGCUUAAUUUCGUCUCUCUAAAGUCUCGGUAUUAUUGAGGUAUUUUUGUAUCUGAGCCACUGUCAGGCACGCGACCAAUAGGAACAGUUUGCACAUUUCCACCAGCUUGUCUGAAGCCCCCUCCCAACCCAGACAGUCUUCUGCCCCAGCAUGAAUGAAGUCAGUGUUGUGAGAGAGGGAUGGCUCCACAAGAGAGGUGAAUACAUUAAAACUUGGCGGCCUCGCUACUUCAUAUUAAAGAGUGAUGGCUCCUUCAUUGGCUACAAAGAGAAGCCUGAGGUGUCCAGUGACCACAGCCUCCCGCCGCUCAACAAUUUCUCUGUCGCAGAAUGCCAGCUGAUGAAAACAGAGCGUCCUAGGCCCAACACGUUUGUCAUUCGUUGCCUGCAGUGGACUUCGGUUAUCGAACGCACCUUCCAUGUGGAUACCAACGAAGAGAGGGAGGAAUGGAUGCGUUCGAUCCAGGCGGUGGCAAAUAGCCUGAAGAGUCAGCAGCAUGAUGAGGAGCCCAUGGAGAUCAAAUUUGGCUCUCCAACUGACAGCAGCGGCACAGACGAGAUGGAGAUUGCUAUGUCCAAGUCCAACAAAAAAGUGACCAUGAGUGAUUUCGACUACCUGAAGCUGCUGGGCAAAGGGACGUUUGGUAAAGUCAUUCUGGUGAAAGAAAAGGCCACAGGGAUGUACUACGCCAUGAAAAUCCUCCGUAAAGAAGUCAUCAUUGCUAAAGAUGAAGUCGCACACACAGUUACUGAAAGCAGAGUUCUCCAAAAUACACGGCACCCCUUUCUAACGACACUAAAAUAUGCAUUUCAAACACAUGACCGGCUAUGCUUUGUGAUGGAGUAUGCAAAUGGAGGAGAACUAUUCUUUCACUUAUCGCGGGACAGGGUGUUCACAGAAGACAGAGCACGAUUCUACGGUGCAGAAAUAGUAUCAGCACUGGAGUACCUACACUCACGCAAUGUCGUUUACAGGGAUUUGAAACUGGAGAACCUCAUGCUAGACAAGGAUGGCCACAUAAAGAUAACUGACUUUGGGUUAUGUAAAGAGGGGAUCACAGAUGGCGCCACCAUGAAAACCUUCUGUGGAACCCCGGAGUACCUGGCACCAGAGGUGCUUGAGGACAAUGACUACGGACGAGCUGUGGACUGGUGGGGACUGGGCGUGGUCAUGUAUGAAAUGAUGUGUGGUCGGUUGCCCUUCUACAACCAGGACCACGAACGUCUCUUUGAGCUCAUCCUCAUGGAGGAAAUCCGCUUCCCCAAGAACCUAGCCCCUGAAGCCAAGGCCCUGCUGGCUGGCCUGCUCAAAAAGGAUCCUAAACAAAGGCUCGGAGGUGGACCAGACGAUGCCAAAGAUGUGAUGAGCCACAAGUUUUUCACCUCAAUCAACUGGCUGGAUGUCACUGAAAGAAAGCUUAUUCCACCAUUUAAGCCCCAGGUAACAUCAGAGACGGAUACACGCUACUUUGAUGAUGAGUUCACAGCACAAACUAUCACGAUAACUCCUCCAGAUAAGUAUGACAGUUUAGAUGCAGAGGAUUCAGAUCAGCGUACGCACUUCCCACAGUUCUCCUACUCUGCCAGCAUACGGGAAUGAUCAAUCAGACUCUUGAACAAGCAGGCAGACUUAACACACAAUCACAAUCCCACAUAACACACUCGCACUGCUGGGGGGAAUCUGAACGACUCAAACCAAAACUGGCACAAGACACAUUUUCAUUUGGUCUUAAAUUUACGCGCACAUAUCCACAUACACAUAUUGGCAAUUCAGACAAGAUCAUCAUGUAUGAAGUGAACACACAGGCUGUGAAUGACUGACCUCAGCAGGUUUGUGUGCAUAGACUGGCAGCUUUGUCUCUGUACGUCCUCUCAGGGCUGGCGUUAGGCUUCCCUGCAGGACCUCUGCUGCACUACACUGGGCAACACAUCAGAGCCUUGAUACUUUGAAAACCAGGUUAUGCCAGCAAGUCCCACCUCUUUACCAGCUGUACCCUUGCUACACACACACACACACACACACACACACACACACACACACACACACACACACACACACACACACACACACAACCCAUGCAUAGACUACAUAUAUAGACACAAAUGUACUUGAUAGAAUUUUAACAAAAUUAGGAAAGAUUCAUCAGUUGUUACAGUUUUAAAUGUAAAGCCAUAUUUCUGCUUUUUUUUCUUUCAUUUUUUUAACAAGUGCUCUUUCUGGAACUUGCUGUUACAAAUCAAGUGUGGGACAGUUCCUACCGUUGGUAUGUGGGGAGGGGGGAAAUGGGGGGAGGGCGAGGAGGAGGGUUGCCAUUUCUGUGUUUGCACUGCGUUUGUACAUGAGCGGAUGCGUGGGUGUAUGGGUGUGUGCAUAUGAGUGCAGGAGAAUGUAUGAACAAUUUUUAUUUUUUUGAUUCUCAACCAUCCAUUUGUCUGCUUUAUGCAUGUUUAAAAAAAACUCAAAACUGUUUCUGGUAUAUUGAGGAGAAGACACUACAUGGCACAAUCAAUGGCCUUUUUUUUAAAGGGAACAAGCAUGUAAUUUAUGAUGGCUUUGAUUGGCUUGGCGCUAAAAUUUACUCAGUCAGGAUUAUAAACUGAGAUCUAAGAUCUCAUGCAUGGCUUAUCUUUGCUUUAAAUGCUGCAUUAAUUUAAUUUAGAGUGAAAGAAAAGUCGGCUCUUUCGAGUCCACCUUGCUGUGUCCAGACCGACUGACUGGCCGACCAACUCGCUGCUGGUCGGAGGCGUAUGUUUUCAUUAAGGCCAGUCUUGCUACGUGUUAAAGAAAGGAUUCAUAGAAGGAAAGAGGGAACGAGAGACUGUACGCUUAAUCACAGUUUUUCCCCCAACCCGUCUUGAGAGACAAAUGUAGACGAACACAGCCGAAUGCUGUCCUCGGUCCAGUGAUUGUCACUCCCUAGUCAAGGAGUUAGGAACCAAUCUUUUGUUCAUUUUCAAUUUUUUAAUAUCAAUGUAUGUGUUUUAAAAAAAUAAGCCUUUGAAUGUUCCUGUAUUUAAAGAAUGGAAAAAGUUCAAUCGUUGUCAAGCCUUCAUGAUGAGGCUGAAAACUUGACUGACUUGGUGGAUUUUUCACACUUCAAAUGAUUCCACAGUUGAUGUUUAGUUACUUUGGGUUAAGCGUUUUCUUUAAUGCUGUAUCAAAGCACUUAAAUUUAUGUAGGUCUAUGUCUGGAGCAACAGUCUGUAGCUUUGCAGUCCAGCUACAUGCUGCACGGGCUGGUCGACCAACCAUCAACCUGCAGACAGGGGGCACGAAUUAAAAAGAUCCGCUCAUGCUUUGUGUGUUUUGGGGUUUUGACAGCACAUGAUCGAGAGAAGCGAUCAUAUUGAAAUGUUCGCAUGUCGACAAGUGUUGUACAAUUCCAUAUUGCUGGAAGAGAUGUUGGUUGCGCUUCACUAAAGGAACAUCAAGACCUUUUUUGUUUGUCAUUGUUUUUUUUUUCUUCUGUGUGUUUCUCCUUUUUUGUCCAUCUAUUUCUCAAUUUUGGAAGACACUUCUUGUUUAAGUAUACAUUAUAUAAAAAUAUAUUAAAAGUUUUUUUAAACUGCUUUCUUUUUGAUUAAGUUCUUCCUUUCAACGGGGUUACUGGCCGAAGAUUGCUAGUUUAGCUAAUGAUCAGUAAUUUGAUAUUUAUAUGGGGAGUAAUUGAAAUCACUGUUUAUAAUUAGCAUAAUUAAGUUUGUUUUAGCUCAGCGUGUGUAAAAUACACAACCCUAGAUUGGUCAAGCUAGAGGUAAAUUCGAUAUGAUCUCUUCAGAGCACUUACCCAAACAGCCAUUUUUUGCAAGGUUUAGCUAAAGCGUUUGCUGGGACACACCUCAUGCCACAUAUUGAUUUGCUUCUAUUUAAGUUUGUGUGAGUGAUGGAGGGUGACUGAGAGAUGUUUGAGUGAACAUGAUGAAGAAGACACAGGAACAAAAAAGCACCAGAUGUUUGACUGAUCGUUGCCCCAGCUCCUGCAGACGAUAAUGUGAUGGAAUGGCUUUGAUUUACAGUUAACAACUCCAGCACCUCUUCUCACUUGGCUCAGGCACAGCCAUCAUACUCUAGCCUAGCGUCCUGCUAAGGAAGCAGCAAGACUGGAUAUCACAACCACUGUACUGUUGGGACACCACUGUGGAUUUGCCUUCAUUGCUAUCACGGCCAUAGGGGGUGCUGCUGAACUUUUUUAAUAUUGGUUGUAAAGCCAUACACUGAAUCUUGCUGCUGGCCACGCUUUAAGCAAUGCUUCACAGUUAAACAUGCAAGUUAAAACCCUGACCUCUCCUGUAGGCAUACACGGGCACAACAAGUGCCUCUUCACUAUUGUGUAAAUACCAAAAAAAGCUUGAUGAAUGCAGAAUUAGUAGAAGGGGAGGCCUGCAGCUUUGUAGUGUUUGAUUUGCAGCUUUAUUAUGGUUACCUUGCUUCUCUGUAUAUUUGAAUGUGAUCAACAGUCACGAUUGUCACAACUGAUGCUGGUGUAACAAGAUUUUCCUUUGCUUGUUGCUGUUAGCUGAGGCUCAGAGGACAAUGAGAAAAAAAAGCAAUCUUUAAGGGGAGGACAUUGUCCUGGUAGACAGUCUCAACCCCCCUUUGCAAGACUUUACAACGUAACGGGUGAUACCUGCUACAAUAUGGUAGCUUAUAACAUUUGCAACUAUAAUGUGCCAGUAAACAUUUUUACUGAAUAA